CUUAUAAAUGAACCCCCCAAAAACACAUAAACACACAGAAAUCACAAAGCAACAAUAAUGUCAAAAAAUUCAAAGGCUUCUUCUCAAUGUCUACUACUCCUCCUCCUCCUUGUCUUCUCUGUCAGUUCUCAACCAGCACUCUCCUUUCGUGCCCCAAAACCGCAAUCACAACCAACAUCACCUCAAACCAUAAUCGAUGAUUCGUCUUCAAUGGGCAAGAUCGACCAUACAAAAUCCAUGAUUGCUGAUUUCUUCAGCCACAAGUUUCCACUAAAGAGCUGGCCUAUACCCAACCCCAAGUACCCACCUUUCAUAAUGGUUAACACUAAUAUUCCAACAAACCCAUCUGGAGCUCAAGAGGAAUCAGAGAAGUUACCUUCUUCCCCAAUCAAAGCCAACAAAGAUGGAGGAAACGCCUGAAUGUAGCAUUUUACUAGUAUGUUGUUAUACAUAUCUAUGGUUUUACAUUUCUUCAAAAUAAAAGAUAAAAAGUAGCUAUCUAUGGUUUUACAUUUCUUCAAAAUAAAAGUUAAAAAGUAGCUUUAACAAUUGAAUGGUAAGAGAAUGAACACAUUAUCUAUC